AUGCCCCUCACCAAUGUUUCGCCUCCCAGUUCACACUCUCGGAACCCGGGCGCUGUCGAGGACUUGGAAGCCCAGCAGAGAACCACUGAGGAUCUUCAGACAGACAAUGAUGUAGAUACUCGAGGCCCAGGCGCCGAUGUAUUGCACCUUGCAGCGCUGAGGGAGAUUGACCCGACGAACAUCCUCUUUCGCCGCUUCACAGGACUCGCCUCAUUGUCCCUUGACUUGGAAGGCAAUCAUCUGGAGCAGCUAGGACAUGAUCUCAGGCAGAUGGUCCUUGCAGGCGACGAGGGUGUCAAUGACUUCAACGAGAAGUUUAUGGCGAAACUUGGCCGUUAUCAUCAGUUUGGUUGCAACCUGAGGACGGUCCUUGGGUUCAACGAACCGAACCAGCAGUUGCUAACUAACGUGCUAUCCUCUGCCAAACAGAGUUGGGUCCCGGGACAAGGCCUCCAUCUGAAUGCCUGUGACCAUGACUUCGCGUCGCUCCUUGACACGGACAAAUUGGACCAUGUCUUAGCCCAUUUAUCGUAUCAGCCAUGGGCUCGACGCAUUUUGCAGAACAUGUUCAGCCCCAGAACCGAGCAGGGUGUUGGUUUCGAGGCCCUGUGGAUUUCUGAGAACUCUAUUCGAUUCGUUAGUGUUGGCAUCUUCAACACGUGUGUUGGAACCUUUGUAGUUGCCCCAAUGGCCAUCCAGACACUCAAGGUGACGUCUCCUGCUGGUGAAGUUGCGACGUACCUGGUCUUCGUACUUGUUGCGGGCUUCGCGAUCCAGAUGCUCGUGCCCGGAUUCACCAGGCAGCUUCUAGUGUAUCUAGCGUAUGCGGGAGUAAUGGCUGCUGUCAUGAGACAGUAG